AGGGUAUUUUUAGAUAACAAGUUGCUAUUGCUAAUGUUGUACUGCUGCUUAUUCUCUGCUGUGUCCUCCUCUCUUUAUUCCUCCUCUUGUCAGUUUCUGAGACAAUUUGUUCUAAAUGGGAUGCACAAAACUGGAGAUGUGAUUCUCGGUGGGAUUUUUGCAAUCAACCUAUUUUCUGCUGAUCCUGACCUGACUUUUACCUCAGAGCCACAGCUGCCUAUCUGCUAUGGCUUUGACAUCCGAGAAUUCAGACAGACCCAGACCAUGGCCUUUGCUAUCGAUGAGAUCAACAGAAACUCCAACCUGCUGCCUAAUGUGACUCUGGGAUACAGUCUGUAUGAUAACUGCUUUCAACUAGGAAUUGGAUUUCCUGCAGCACUGUCCUUAGUCAGUGCUGCAGGAAAAGAAGAGCAACUUACAUUUGAGGAGAACUGUGUUGGAAAUCCUCCAGUCCUAGGGAUUGUGGGAGAUACUACCACUUCAAAUUCUAUAGCUAUUUCUACAGUCUUAGGUUUGUACAGAAUGCCUCUGGUGAGUUAUUUAGCCUCAUGUUCCUGCCUGGGUGACAGAAAGAAGUUUCCAUCUUUCUUUAGAACGAUCCCAAAUGAUGCUUUUCAGGUGAAUGCUAUGAUUCAGAUUCUAAAACACUUUGGUUGGACUUGGGCAGGUCUGCUCAUCAAUGACAGUGAAUAUGGAUUCCACGCUGCCCGAUCCUUUCACUCUGAUCUGGGUCCGGCUGGUGGAGGUUGUCUGGCUUACACAGAGAUUUUGCCUAAUGAUGACAAUCCUGCUGAAAUGAGGAGAAUAGUGGAUGUGAUGAGGAAAUCUACAGCUCGAGUGGUGAUUGUGUUUGCACAUAAGAGUCGCACGAUUAACUUCAUGAAAGAGGUGGUGAGGCAGAAUGUGACAGGCCUGCAGUGGAUUGCCAGUGAAAUGUGGGCAUCAGCUGCUGCGCUCCAGACUCCUUACUUCACCCCGUACCUGGGUGGAACACUGGGUAUCUCCAUCCGCCGAGGAGAAAUACCAGGACUCAGAGACUUCCUGUUACAAAUACAUCCUGAACUAAAUCACAACAACACCCAUGGAAACAGCCUGGUGAAUCAAUUUUGGGAACACACAUUUCAGUGUAGAUUUGCACCACCUCCAGCAGGUUGGGUGGAAGCUGGAGGAGAAUUAUGCACAGGACAGGAAGUUAUAGAGAAUGUGGAGAAUGAGUUCCUGGAUGUUUCAGACCUCAGGUCAGAGUAUAAUGUGUAUAAGGCUGUGUACGCUCUGGCGUAUGCUCUUGAUAACAUGCUGCAGUGUGAGCCAGGGAGAGGACCUUUCAGCAACAACACCUGUGCUCAUUUACAAAGACUGGAGCCAUGGCAGCUUGUGUAUUACUUGGAUAAAGUCAACUUCACCACAAAAUUUGGUGAUCGAGUGUCAUUUGAUGAGAAUGGUGAUACCAUACCAAUAUAUGACAUCAUAAAUUGGGUGUGGCUCCCUGAUGGAAGAACUAAAGUUCAGACGGUGGGUGAGGUUAAGUGGUCAGCCUUCGAAGGUGAACUCACACUGGAUGAAGACAAAAUCUUCUGGAAGUUUGAAUCCAAACAGUCAGUGUGCAGUGAGAGUUGUCCUCCAGGUACCCGCAUGGCCAGAAAGGAGGGGCAACCUGAGUGUUGUUUUGACUGUGUCCCUUGUUCUGAGGGAAAGAUCAGCAAUACAACUGACUCCAUGGAGUGCACCAGUUGUCCAGAAGAUUUCUGGUCCAGCCCCCAGCGUGACCAUUGUCUGCCUAAAAAAACAGAGUUCCUCUCUUACCAUGAGCCUCUGGGUAUCUGCUUGACAACCACCUCACUGUUGGGCACAUGUAUCUGUAUUGUUGUUCUGGGCAUCUUCAUCCAUCAUCACAACACACCUAUAGUUCGUGCCAACAAUUCAGAGCUCAGUUUUCUUCUCUUGGGGUCGCUCAAAUUGUGUUUCCUCUGUUCAUUGCUCUUCAUUGGACGACCCAGAUUAUGGACUUGCCAACUAAGACAUGCAGCAUUUGGCAUCAGCUUUGUGCUUUGUGUCUCAUGUAUCCUGGUGAAAACCAUGGUGGUUCUGGCUGUGUUCAGGGCCUCCAAACCAGGAGGUGGGUCCACUCUGAAGUGGUUUGGAGCUGUGCAGCAGAGAGGGACAGUUCUGGUUCUGACCUCUAUUCAAGCAACAAUAUGCACUGUCUGGCUUGUCUCUUCUUCCCCAGUGCCUCAAAAAAACAUCCUAUAUCACAGUGACAAGAUAGUUUAUGAAUGUGCAGUUGGGUCCACAGUUGGUUUUGCAGUUUUAUUUGGUUAUAUUGGUUUACUGGCUGUCCUCAGUUUUUUGUUAGCUUUUCUAGCAAAGAAUCUUCCAGACAGUUUCAAUGAAGCCAAACUCAUCACUUUCAGCAUGUUGAUCUUCGGUGCAGUGUGGGUGGCCUUUGUCCCUGCUUACAUCAACUCACCAGGCAAAUAUGCAGAUGCAGUGGAGGUAUUUGCCAUCCUGGCCUCCAGUUUUGGCCUCUUAGUGGCGCUAUUUGGACCUAAAUGUUACAUAAUCUUGUUGAGACCAGAGAGAAACACAAAGAAAGCCAUCAUGAGUCGAGGCCCCACAAAGUAAAAUUGUGAACACUGUUGUUCCUUUAUCUAUCAUCUGUAUUUUAGACUUGUAUCUAUCAGAUCACAAUACAGGCAAUAAAGAUUUUGAUAAAAAAAAUACUUUUAAACUAAAUUUACUACCAACAUCAUAACCACUUGUUUUUCCAAAUGUUGGGAGGUAAUGUCAUUUUACAUUAAACAACUUCUAGUUGUACCAAAGGUGUCUUUUCUUUAUUAAUUUGAUUUAAAGUGGAAUUAGACCAGAAACUCCAAUUAAUGUUGCUUUUGGAUGUGGAUCUGCGUCAUUUCCUCGUUUAUGUAGCCCUAAAACUUCACAACAGCCACUUCAGCCACUGCUGAGAACACAGGUUUUUAUUGUUUUCCUGAGCUCUUCCAAGCGGAUUUCAACAGUGCCUGCUAGUGACGCAACUAGCAGGUCAGACCAUUCCUCUGAACAGCAGCUCCUCCUCCUGCUCCGGAGUUGUGUCAACUGCUUGCUCUGUUGCUGCUGUAAAAACCCACUCCAGACACUUCAGAAGCUGCUCAACGUCUUCCUGAGGACUCAACACCAAACUCAGUCUGAAGGAAGGAGCUUUGUGUCACGAAGCGUCAGCUCUGUUAGUGGUUUGGUUUUGCUUAGUGUAGUUCUUGUGUUAGUUUAGGUUAAAGUCACGUUAAGUUCAUGUCACUUUUGGUGUGGGUUUGAUUUUCCCCUUUCAUUUUGGUAAACAUUUUUGUCUUCCUGUCGCGUGGUUUCGUCAGUUUUGACACAUCUCCCCUAAUUCCCUCAUGUACUUCGCCUGGUGAUCCUUUAGUAAUCACUCCCACCUGCCCUUGAUUCCCAAUUCCCUAUAUGAUGUUUCCAGUUUGUUUGUUAUUUGCCAGUGCGUCGUUUAUGCUUUUAGAUAACAUGUCAGAGUCCAAGUUUGUUUCGCCUUCUGCUGUUUAGCUCAAGUGUUAAGUCUCGUCUUGUUUUUUUCUCCUUCUGUGAAGAAGUGGCUUUGAUUUUGUCAAGCAUAGUCUAGGUUAGUUUCUCCUUCUAUGAAGAAGUGAUUUUAGAUUUUGUCAAAAAUACUCUAGUUUAUUUUUUCCUU